AUGCGGAUCAGCUUUCACAGGCUGACUGGCAGCUCGUUUGAGGAUGACGAGUCUGAAGCUCUAACGUCCUCAGGUCCCGAACCAGAGAGCAGAGACCAGCUGGAUGAGCCACAGUCCUUCCCAAAGUCAAAUUAUGCUGAAAAAGUAUUGGUGCUGAAUGGAGAUGUUCAGGACAACAAACAUCCAGAUGCGGUGAAACCAAGGAGGAUCCAUCUUGUUCCAAUCCACCAGCGUCCAGACCUGCUGGUUCCCUGCGCAGACCUGGUCAACUCUGAAUGGCAGAGGAGCCAGGCAGCCCGGAUCCACUCCCUCCAGAAGUCCAGCUCAGAAUUUCCCAUCUGCCUGGUUCUCCUGCAGGGCCCCAGAGGGACCGAAGAGCGGCUUCUCGGCCAUGCCCGGCUCUCCCGGGUCGUGGGUCGCAGCAGCAGCCUGUUUGUGGAGUCAGUAGUUGUGUCCAAACAGGAGCGGGGGAAGGGCUUCGGCCGGAUUCUGAUGGAGGAGACUGAGCUGUACGCUAAAUGCAGAGGCUUCAAGCGUCUGUGCCUGACCACCCACGACAAGCAGCGCUUCUACGCCCAUCUCGGCUACGUCCUCUCCACGCCGGUGCAGAGCUCGGGGGCUGUGAUGGCACUCCUCCCCAUGGGGUUGCUCAUGAGACUUUCCAGAGCUCCAAAUGAGGAGGCAACACCCAUUAAACAAACUCUGACCAAACCUGAAGACUCAGGAGGUGCUAGUGUUGUAGGGUCACCUCCACCUUCUACUUUACAAAAUCCUCUAAGCCCGCCUCUACCACCACCUCCUCUUCCUCCUUCAGCCAUACCUCCCCCACCACCUCCUCCUUUCUCCAUAUCUCCUGCGCCUCCUCCUCCUCCCCCUCAGCCUGCAGGGCAGCCUUCAGUUCAGACUUUGACAGAAACUCCCUACAGAGACGCCAGAGGAGUUCCCAUCUUUUGGAUGCACAAAGACAUUUGA